AUGGAAAUUUUAAAUUUAUCGGUAGAAUUUCACGUACCGGAUGGUGGCACUUUAAAAAAGAUUGUUAGGGUCGAUAACUCGACCAAGGUUGGUGAUAUGGCACGUUUACUUUUGGAUAAGUUUGGUAGAUCAGAGUUUGACCCAUCACAAUUUCAAUUAAUAGUCCCAACCAAAUCAUCAAAUAUUCAGUAUACAGCUUUAUCAGAUUUAAAUAAAUCGUUAUCAAGUUACAAUAUUAAAAAUAAUGAUGAUUUAAUUUUAAAGAAAAGACAAAAGAAAUCAAAUCCAACAAGUGCAAAAUUAGCAUCAAAAAAGAAACCCGAAAGUAUUUUUAAAACAUUAUUUUCAAUGUCAACACUUGAAAUGAAAUUAGGCGAUAAUGAUAAAGUUACCCCAGAAAUUACCGAAGUCGAAAAUCAAAUUGACGAUUUAACAAUUUUAUUUAAAUCAUUUGAAUAUUUAAAUAAUUAUUUUAAUCAACACAAAGAAAUUAACGAUAUUUUAAUAAUAUUUCAAUAUAGCGGCAGCGAACAAGAAAUAUCAGAAUUGGUAAAAUCCACUCUUUCAAACCAAACAUCAUCAUCGUAUGACAGUGUCGAUAUAACACAAUAUCAAAAAAAUCCAAAAAUUUUAGGUAGCUUUAUUUUAUCAUUAUUACAAGUUAUAUUUUCACAAAAUUCAUCAUACUCUCUGUACACUACAUAUUUAAAAUCGACAACAUCAGCAGUCACAACCUCCACAGAUACUAGAUCAACAUAUUUUUACGAAAUACCAAUCAAAAAUAGAAUUAUUUUAAAACAUAUCAUGCUGUUUUUAUAUAAUUUAUCUCAAAGAGAUUCAAAUCUAUUAGAGGCUUUAUCAAAUAUUAUUGGUCCAUUCAUAUUGGGAAAUGUUUUAUUAGAUCCACCACCACAAACAAAUUCACCAGCUUUAUUAGGUGUAAAUAAUCUACAACAAACAAAUAUUAUAACGGCGAGCGGCAGUAAUUUAGAAAAUA